CUGGAACGUUUCCCUUGGAGGAAUAACCAGGACUCUUUCUUUGCUCAAGUCAUGGCAUCAGGAAGCAACGUGAACUUCCAAAAAAAUCUCACAAGCAUGGAUGGCAAGAAUGAAACCUCUCAGCAAAUACGUAGUAGUAAGAAGUCAAAGGUAGCAACAAAUAAAUUGAAUGAUAUUCCCAAAGCAAGGCAAGAGGUCGAAAAACACCUUGGGGAUGGAGCAGCAAAAAAGAAGAGAGAGAGAAUAAAAAUGGCAGAGAAAAAGGGAGAAAAAAAGGGAAAGCAAAGUAAUGACGUAGAGAAAAAAAGCCGUAAGCGGAAAUCAGAAAACAAUGAAGGACCGGCUGCCAAAAAAGAAGAAACAACAUCAGAGACUGACAAUCCACUAAUCCCGACAUCUCUGCCUCAUAAUCCCCUGAAAAGCAUCAUGGACAUAGAAACGGAGUUGGUCUAUGUGGACGAGGAGGACAUUUCCUUUGAGUUUGCCGGGCCCGCGGUGUCUACGAGGACACAAUCAGCGCCUCGUCGGUCUAAAAAAGCCGAUGCUCUGAGCACAGGAGAUGGCAGAGCUUUGCCCCAGGUUGACAAAGAGCUUCAGAGGGCCCUGCAGGAGGGCAGCACGUGCUACGGGCAGAAGGACUACGCGGCAGCAGCGGAGCAGUUCUCAGCAGCACUGGAGCUUUGCAGUAAAGGUGCUGCUAUAGACGAUGCCUUUGAGUCAUUUCCAGAAGAUAUUUCCAGUAUUGCCAGUUUUAUUGAGACAAAGCUUGUAAUCUGCUACUUAAAACUGAAGAAGCCUGAUGAUGCUCUGAAUCAUUCACACAGGAGCAUUAUCCUGAACCCAGCUUAUUUCCGGAACCACCUGCGCCAAGCUGCUGCGUUUCGGUACUUAGAGAGAUACUCGGAAGCUGCAAGGAGCGCCAUGAUUGCUGACUAUAUGUACUGGCUGACAGGAGGCACUGAGCAGCAUACAAGCAAGCUCAUCAAACUGUAUUGGCAGGCUAUGAUUGAAGAAGCCAUCACUAGAGAAGAAUCUUUUUCAGUUAUGUACACACCAUUUGUGACAGAAGUCAAGGCUGACAGCAAGGACAAGAUAAAAGAUGUGUUUGCUAAAAGGCACCCUGAUUACGUGGAGCACAUAUACACAGAUCCUCAUGGACUUCACACCUUGCCACAGACGGCAGAGUGGUCGUCCCUGCCUCCCCAGCAGUACUUGCUGACACUGGGUUUCCGAAAUAAACAUAUUGGGAAAACCUUGGAAAGGUGGUCAAGUAGAACAGUGCCAGUCUUUUCAGACCGGAAAGCACCUUUCGCUCAUCUCACAACUGAAGAAACACAAAGAUAUUGGGAUAACACCGGGAAAAGGAUCUUGCCAGUAAUGGAUUUUAUAAGAAGCACCAGAUUAACUGACCGGCUCUGCGCGUGUUCCCGUGGGAUAGAGAAGUUGCAUUACGCCAGCCUCCUCGGCCGCUUGCAGAGAGGCCAGGAACAGUCCCAAACGAUUAAUCAAGCCAUGGCUGAGCUAGCAACCGUUCCCUACCUGCAGGACGUCAGUAGGAAGGAUGCCAAACUGCUGCAGUCACUAAUGGCAGAUGCCAUGGACACCCUUGAAGGAAGAAGAAGUGAUAAAGGACGUGUGUGGAAUAAAAUUCAGAAGGUUGGACUAAUUGAAGAUUACUUAUACCAAGUAGAAGACAAUUACUUAAGGAACAAAAGGCUGAGAACAGCUAGGACGGAAAAAAUGAAAAUGAAGAGGAUUCAAAGUACACAGCAACAGUAGAGCCCAGGAAAUGCAAAACUGUCCCUUACCAGCCCUACAGGCAUGGCCACACAGCCAACAAGAAAAUUAACACCAUAGAUAUUUGAUACAUAGUUCAACAAAAGCCACCUUUCCACUUAAUGAGCCCUCCCCUCGCUAUGGGGUAUCUUUAGUGAGACACUCCUGCAAUUCAUUAGUCUUAACUGGUUGGAAUAAAUGUCUG